UAAACCUAUCUUUUCUUCACAAGUACAAAAAAGCACUUAUUUCUCUAAUAACUAUGGAGGAAGAAAAUGGAUACAUGGACCCAAGAUACAUCACUCCUGAUAAUGUUUAUCGGAUGGGAGAGGAAGGUCCAAUCGAAGGCGAGUACAAUAUAGCUUAUGGGGAAUCUACAGCACCAACUGCUUCAGAAAACCGGAGAAAUGCGGCGCCGGAUUCACGUGACAGGAGUCAAUCAGAAGUAUCCGGAAUAAGAUCGGAUGAAAAUGGCUACGCUAUUCUUGAAGGUGAAGAGAUCUAUUCUAAUAUUGACGACGAUACCCCAACGAUUCCACCUUCGAUUCCGACUUCUCCACCUCCGCGUAUGACUCCGAUCACCGCCACCACAGGAAUGGGCAACUCAAUAAAUGAGGACCCUUCAAAUGAAGAAAAAACUGCCGUUUCUUGGAAGAAGAAAUUUGUAGUUUUAUUCGUCGUUAUGAUUUUUAUCAUCACUGUAUUGGUCUGCGUGUUUACUUUGACACUGAGAAAGGUAAAAGACAAAGCUGCACCGACUCAAGCACCAACAACAAACUCUACUUGCAAUGGAAUAAAGCAACAACGAAAAUGUUAUUUUGCCAAUGAGUGUAAGAAGUGCAACUUUAAAAAAGCAUCGUCUCUUUGCAAGAAGAAAAAUUCCACGCCAGCAAAUAUAUACGGUCUGCGGCAAUACAACCGAACGAUGGAAUAUUUAAAAAAAAUCACAAAAAUUGGAUCCAAGACGGUGAUAGUUAGACUUGGAAUGAAAUACAAUACGGCGGACGAAACAGUCACGUGGUUUAACGGUUCAAUGGCCACCUUCGUAAAAUGGAAGAGACGUUUUCCGGUGAGAACAAAGACAUUUAGUCACAUCGCUCUCUGUGUGAGUGAAUAUCCGUUUGCCCAAGGAAUGGUGAAUAAAAACCCGAAUGAUGAGCUAAACUGGAUUUUAUGCGAAAGAUAGAACAAUGGAGCAAUGGAUGAAGCUCAUUGGUGGCCGCUAGGUUUUAUCUUUUUUGAUGAACUGUAACCAGCGUCAGAUUGUUGCUCUCAUAGGCCUUACUCCUGAUAUGGGCAAACUACG